AGAGUUUGUGUAGGAGAUCUAUCUUUUUCUAUUAUCAGUGUUUCUAUUUCACAUCGAAAAAGUAAGUAAACAUGGCGAAUGGAGCUGGAACGAGAUUUCAAGAUUUGCCUCCUAAAGGAGGAUAUGCUCCUUUUGAGUAUGAAAGAAUUCCAUUACGUGGUUUGAUGAAAGGUCGUACUGCAGCAGUGCUUUUGACUGGUGUUUCAGUCCUUGGAUAUUGUUUAUAUGGACUAAAUUAUAAGAAAGUAAGAAUUGAAACUAUUGAAAUGAUGAGCGCAAAGUUUGCUAUACAACCACUAUUGGAAGCAGAAAGGGAUAGAGCUAUUCUGAAGUUAAUGAAACGUGCCCAAGCUGAGGAAGCUGAUCUAAUGAAGAAUUAUGCAGGCUGGAAUACUGGAAAACUCUUUGACGAACCAGUGUAUAAAACAUUACCAAAAGAUACACAUGUGGAACCCAUGAUAGAAGAGUUAGUAAUUCAUUCUGAUCCCAAAGACAGCAGAAGCAUAUUCUGGAAUGGAUACUUUUUCUAAGCAUUUUCUUCCUAUUUAUACAGUUUAAUAUAGUAUUGUAAAAUAUAGUAAAAAUAUAUAAAUAAAAUUACACCAUUACAAA